AUGAAGGAAUCAAUGAAAACUGAACCACAACUCCCGAUGAGAGGUUUACUUCAUCGAGUAGCCAGCAGUAAUGAUGAGGAUGAUGAGGACGGAAUGUUGGUGUACAGUACACCGAAAACUCAUCAGAAACAUCAAAGACUGAUCGGCUCGGUCGAUCAAAGUGGCCCGAGAACAAGUAAGCAAAUGUGCAGUAUCCAUGAUGGAAUCCUCAAGGACAAUGGUGAUGAUGAUGACCAAUCAUCGGUGUAUUCCUUUGAUUCCAUCUUACCAUCACCACCUUCCGUUCAUCAUGAUCAAGACGAUGAAAAAAAUGUUUUUCACGGCGAUGAGGCUUUGUCGGUGAUGAACUCAUCAAACCCCAAGAUGAAUAAUAUCCAUCAUUUAUCGUUCACGUUGGACUCAAACAGCUCAAAACGUAACUUUAACAAUCUUCUAUUAUCAAAAGAAAAAGUAGUGAGUGAAUCCGAUGAGGAGGAGUCUGAGGAAUCUGAUGAUGAACUGAGUUUAUUUUCCAUGAAGAAAUCAAAAAAGAAGGUGGAAACAAACAAGAAGAGAAAAGUCUCUCAGUCCAAUGGUUCUGAUAUCAAAGUAAAUCUAGAUUUAAUGCAUUUAACAAAAUUGGAGACGGAAAACAUCAAAUCACAUGAAAGGAAAUUAGUCAUUCCAUCUCUAAUAUUAACACAGCAACAAGUGAACACAAAAGACAAUUCUGAAAAAAGCUCUCAAGCAACACAAGAAAAUGACACCGAAAAAAAACCACUACUGGAACAAUCCGAGCCAUCAAACAGUGCAGGUACAGAAUUAAUCCUCGACAAUUUUACACCUUGUGAUAAUGUUAAUAAUACUAUGCAAGAAAAUUUGGUGGAUGAAGAAUACAUUGUAUCGCUAACUCCUGAAUUGGAGGAAAAGGAACCAGUUACAGUUGAACCCGUCCAAGGAGAGAUGGUUAACCAGGACAUGAAUGACAACAACACUGUAACUUUCACACAAGCUCACCAUGUUGACAAUAUUAGGAGUGACAAUGGUAUUAAUUUCCCACCUGAUGCGCCUUUGGAGGAUAUUUUAUAUUUAGAUUUUAUUGAAUCGAAUUCACCAAAUCAUCACCACUCUGAAAAACAGAACAUUUCUGAAGAUGAGGAAACAAAUAUUGAAGUAAUUGUGCCAAAGAAAAUGAUUGAUAUUUGUACACAAACAGACAAAAUAUUCAUUCCUUCCUAUACAUCACGAAACGAUUUGGGAGACAAAAAUAAUAUCUGUUCCAUAUGCUUAAAUGUCUGGAGCUCAACUGGACUUCAUCAAGUUUGUUGCUUAGGAUGUGGGCAUUUGUUUGGCAAAAAUUGUAUUGAGAAAUGGUUGAAAAAGAAUUCUACCUGCCCUAAGUGUAAGAAAACUGCAGACAGAUCUCAUAUUCGUCUUCUCUAUAUUGACAAUUUAUCUGCAGUUGAUAGUCAAAGGUUGGACCAACUCGAAAAACAAUUGGAACAUGAAGUUAAUCUUCGAAAGACCCUUGAGAAUAUGAAGAACGGUUUAGAACUCAGAGUGAAGAUGCUUAUGGAACAAUUAGGUCAGCCAGGGGCUGCUGUUUUGGCAUUGUCACCGAACACAGAUUCGAAUGUGGAACAAAAAGAAACAGAUCAAAAAAAAUCGCUCAUUCAACGAUCUCUAGAGCUUGCAGAACGAAAAAAGAGAGACUUUAUACUAAAUGACCAUGAAGGAAGUAGAGUUAUUCAAAGCUCAAAAUCCAAAAAGAAGGGUCAAUUUCCAAGAAAACGUUCAAGUUCAUGUCCAAAACAAAUAUUUCAACUUAGCUUGUUAGAAAAAAGUUCUCUCAUUGAGAUCUCAAAUCCAUCUCUUGGCUCUAAGGCUGUAUCACUACUCAUGAGUUUUGAGAGCAAAGACAAAACAUGCGGCUUUUAUUCAUUUACCAAUGUGGAUCAACUCAUUCAAAAACCGUCAUUAUUAUUGCAAAGCAAAAAAAUAGUUCAUAACUCUCCUCUCACCUGCAUCAGAGCGCAUUACCUACUCAACAUUGAUGGUACGAAUAAUUUUGAUGGCUAUUCUGUGAAUAUCAGCUCGUCCAACACGCACUUAAUUCUAACUUCUUCUUUGGAUAGGACCAUCCGAAUUACUGAUUCGAGACAAUCAGGAGUGUCUAACUCUGUAUGCUUUUGUCCCUACCUUACAUCAACAGAACUUGAAUAUGACUCGAUCACAUGUUGUGAAUGGAAUAGGUCCAAUGUAAAUUACUGUUUUGCAAGUCUUUCUAACGGCUCAAUUUUAUGCUAUGAUAUAAGAAAACCUUCUGAGCCUUUUCUGACCACUGGUGACAAGUCUCACGCACAAUUACAUUCCAUGUUUCACGUUCCAAAUGUUGGAUUGAUUGUUUCAAACUCAUCAUCCAUAAGAUGCUACGAUGAAAAUUAUUCUGGUUACACAAAAUCAUAUAAUCUUUUUUCUGGAAACAUUACUUCUCUUCAAUUCAACCAUGUCACAAAUACUUGCAUGUUUGUCGGAAAAGAAAAUUCAAAGCAAAGCACUGUCCAAUUUUUCAAACUGAACGACAAGAUACAAGCUAUUUGUACCGAUACUUUGGAUAUUAACUACCACAAAGAAGAACUGCUGCUUGGUAGAUCAGUCUUUACUUCUAGUGCUCACAACAACAAUACUCUAGCCGUUCCAAAAACUAAUGAUCAUUGUGUGGAAAUUUAUCGAUCUUAUGGGGACAAGGAAUUUCAACUAUUCACAGAGAUUGUUGAAAGUGAUAAUUCUCCUUAUGAAAAUGUUGCCCUGUUCAACAAUAACCUAUUUUUACUGAGUACUCAUCGUCUCGCCAUGUAUCAAAUCUGA